AUGAGUAGCAAGCUCUGGGAAUUUUUCCUGCGCGAUGACGUCCAGAACUUCCAACGGUUCCUGGCGACCGCCAGCUACACGUCUGGCGGCCAGCGAACUCCGGGAUCUGGAGGUCCUUCUUCGUUCAAAAUUGGAUCAUCCGGAACAUUGACGGGUUCCUCCCCCGGUCUGUCUUCUAAAGGCAAGAAACUCACCGGCACUUCUCCCGGUACUCCCAUCCUAGAACGAGGCGCCAGUUCACGACCGGGCAAGACUUUAUCUCGGGAGGAAUUGAAUGCACGGGACCAGCAUGGCAGGACUCUCCUCCAUCAUGUGGUGUCGUCUACAAAAUCUUCGAGUGUCCAGUUUGCUCUGUCUCUCCUCGAGGUGCCGUUUCUGGAUAUAUACGUACAAGACUGGGAGAGUGGGUGGACUGCCCUGCAUCGGGCCUUGUACGCGGGGAAUGUCACGAUCGCCCAGGCGUUAAUCGCCCGAGACAUGCGCGACGCAACGGAUUUCAGUAAACAGGGAACCUCGGCCCAUGUUGGGGGCUUAAUCAAGAUCAAGGAUCGGGAGGGAAACAGCCCCUUCGACGUUUACGGCGCCACGAUUACAUCCCGCGACAUCAAGCAGGCCGUGUCGCCCGCCGCCCAGGACUCGAUCUUUGUAGACGAGGACCAGAGCGAUGUCGCUACCACCACCUCUUCUGAGGUUGACGAUUCUGAUGAUGAAGGCCAUAUCGGGCGAGGUCUUUUGAAACCCCGAACAAAUCUACUAGCCGAUGAAGUUUUUACCUUUGGAAGCAACAAGAACUUGAAUCUUGGUGUCGGUGACCAGGAUGAUCGCCAGUUUCCGGAGAGGAUAGCCUUAACACGUCCACCGCAUCUCCUACAACGAUUCUAUCGGGAUUACCAAAAGAAAAAAUUGGAUCGCGACAGCUCUGAAUUUCACCAUGAGCAGAACCACCACGCUGAUUUGCCCGCCUUGAUCAAGAACAAAUCCAUCAGAAUUCAAGACAUUGCCAUGUCGAAACUUCACACGGCUAUUCUCACCAAUGACCCGGAGUCAAACCUUUUCUUGUGCGGAUUCGGACCGGGAGGACGGUUAGGUACCGGUGACGAGUCAACUAGAUUCGGGUUUGUCUGUAUAGAGACCGGCGGUCUUGCAAAUAGGAAGGUUGUUGCCAUAGCCCUCGGGCAGGAUCAUUCUCUUGCAAUCACCGACAAUGGGGGUGUUUUCAGUUGGGGAAGCAACAAAUACGGCCAACUAGGCUACGGUCUCCCCAGGACCAACAACAAAGACGACGUGCCGAUUCAGGAUUCCCCUCGCCAGAUCUUCAAUCCGUUCAAGAAGGAGAUCAUACUGGGCGCAGCGGCGUCCGCGAUCCAUUCUGUUGUCUUCAGUCAUUCGGGGCUAUACACAUUUGGUAAAAAUGAGGGUCAGCUGGGACUCGUCGACUCGGACGCUCGAUCGCUCGAAACCCAAACAACCCCUCGCCGUGUGGGUGCCUCGCUGUUCAGCGCUGUCAUUCAAAGCGUGUCCGCCAUCGAUCACGCUACAGCCGUGCUCCUGCAAAACCAUGAAGUCUGGGUAUUUUCGCAGUAUGGUUAUUCACGGCUCUCUUUCCCCUUGGAUGUCAGCUCCAGUUUCAUCAAGAACAGUUUCAUGGCGACUCGUUACGAUACUUCAGCCAACCAUAUCGCCAAAAUCAGAUCCGGUGGCAAUACGAUUUGUGCAUUGUCCAGUUCAGGGGAUGUCUUCACAGUGCAAGUGAACAAAACGGAGAACCCAUCGGCCUUGACAUCCACGACAAACCCAGCCAAGAUCCGUAACUCGCUGUCGCAACCAUCUCGAGUGUGGUCUGUUAAAAAGGCACAUUUGGCUGUUAGGGAUGUCGAUGUCGGACAAGACGGUUCCAUCAUCAUCUGCACAGCCAACGGCUCGGCAUGGCGAAAAGAAAAACGUCGAAAAGCGAAGGAUGGAUCAUCGAAGGAUUACAAGUUCGCGCGUAUACCUGGGCUCUCUCGAGUCGUGGGAGUGUGCAGCAAUGCGUUUGGUGCUUAUGUAGUAGCCCAACGCGACUGCGACGUGACCAAGGAACAGAUCAACAUUGACCUGAGCACUUUGUCGAAUGAUCUCUUGCCGAUAUCUCCGUUUAGCUCUUUACUGUCAGCAACCGAUGAAACCAGGUCUGUUAGCACUGAGGAUGGUCCUCCAGGCCUAGACUCCGUUAUGUCUAUCAAAGCGGCCCUCAUGUCGGCAUCGGACCUUGAAGCCGUUAUCCGACCACUGCAAUAUGAGACAUCGCCAGGGAUGGUUUGGCUCAAGACUACACGAUCGGAUGUGCAGAUACCUGUGCAUGAGUUUGUCCUGUCGGGACGCAGUUCGGUCUGGAGGAAAGCAUUCCACGAAUUUCGGCUUGCAGGUUCCUUCUCCAUACCCGAUGUUUUGGACGUGCAGCAUGACAAUGGGCAUACCAAAGUUCUAUUUCACGGCAUUGAUAUCCUGACCGUCUUGAAUGUCGCGUUCUUCUCAUACACGGACGCUGCGUUAGAUGCCUGGCAACAAGCUCGACAUACACCCGAAAGCGCCUCCAGAUAUCGUCAAGUCCGCAUCGAAGUAAUGCGCAUUGCUACAGUGUUAGAUCUACCAACGUUGGAGCGAGCCGCCCGGCUUAUGAUUGAACCUGUUAAAUCCUUGAAAAGCGACAUGGCACUCGCUAUACUCGACCCAAGCUUUUUCGAGAGUAGUGACGUGAUAGUUGAGCUGAACGGUGACACCAUGAAAGUCCACAGCGAGAUUAUCUGCCAAAGAUGUCCAUUCUUUGAUGCCUUAUUCAAUGGUCGCUCUGGUGGUAGAUGGCUGGCAUCACGCCGUGAAAACUCGACCGGCAACAUUAAUGUCGACCUCAAGCAUAUUGAACGGCCCAUCUUCGAGUUUGUUCUUCGGUACCUGUAUGCUGAUACCGAGGAGGAAAUGUUCGACGAAGUGCGGACAAGGGACCUAGAGGAUUUCAUCGACCUAGUGCUCGAUGUUGCCUUUGUGGCUAAUGAGCUAAUGAUCGAUCGACUAGCUCAAAUAUGCCAGAAGAUGCUUGGUAGAUUUGUGAAUGCGCGCAACGUGUGCCAUUUCCUUAACUCUGUUGCACCAUGCUACGUCCCUGAGUUCAAAGAUGCCGCGCUGGAAUACAUUUGCUUGAAUCUGGAAGAUCUGCUAGCAAAUAGGUCUCUGUUGGACCUUGACGAGCAUUUGCUUCGUGCGCUCGACCAUGUCUGCCAUGAAAACCAGUUGACCAGUUAUCCUGUUUCUCGGGGGCGCAACUCCGAAGAAUUCGUUUUUGAAAAGUAUCCGGAGCUCGUCUCUGAGAUAGAAAGCGAUAAGCGCCGGCGAAUCGAUUCUGUGAGGCUCAGGUCCCAUAUCAAUCGAAUCGAAGCACUCGAGGGCAAGUUACGAGCAGUGAACCUUGACAAGACAGCCGAGUCACCAUUAGCACAAAAGGCCAAAUCUGCUCAAUCUGGAGACAACCUGGCUGUCGCCUCCCCCAGUCCCUCUCUAAGACCCAAGCAGUCGAGCAACGACCUCAUGUUUCAAAUGGAUGAUGACAGUCUACUCUCGCCUGGUGACGCGGUCAAAGGAAAAGCAACAGUGCAUGGGAAUAGACAGACUGAUGCGAAUGAAGGCUUCCGAGGCUUCAACCCGUCAACACCGCGGUCUGGGAUGGUGGAAGCAGAGUCAUUCGGUGACCAGAAUUACCUGGAUGGACAGAUGGCUACUUCCCAGGAUACAAUUCUCGGCGAAUCACCAACUGAAAACCGAGCUGCUGCCGCCAAAAAUAAAGGGAAUGGAAUACCGUUAGCAACAUCCUCUCAAGGGGCUUGGACCUCAUCGGACCUCUCGGCCUCCAAGAAAAACCUAAAGGAUAUCAUGAGCGAAGCUUCCGAAACUCGAGUGUCUAAUUUGAGCUUGGGCAUGUCUGAUCGCCGAGAAAGCAGUAGCAAUUUUGCUCCAAAACUGUCCCAGAAAGAACGCAAGAAGAUCCAACAGCAGCAAAUGCAGGACAUGCUUACUGCCCAGCAAAAGGCCAAGGAGGCACCUCAGAAUCCUUGGAAAGUGCCUACCCCGAGCAAAACCCCAAGCAAACCGUCGCCUUUCGCCGGUAUUAAUGGUGAGGGAAGCCCAUCCUCUGAGGCCGCCAAAUUAGCUCAGAAGCCCUCGAUGACACUUCGCCAAACGGUUGCCGGAACACCGCCCACCCCGAGAGACAGUCCAGCAGCCACGACGCCGGUUCAGAUCCAGAGCCGCAGCGCGUCUGCCAGCGCUGGACCGCCACAGCCGAGGCCAUCAAUUUCUGGCCCUUCGGCGGCGCCAGUCUCCUCGUCUCCAAACCCAUCUGUCAAUACUCAGCCUGCCGUCCAGUCAAUUCGACACACCCCACGCCCCGAACCAUACAAAACGAGUUUUCACUCAGACUCGCCCAGUUCAAUGUCCUUAGCUGCCAUCCUGAUGCAACAGCAGACCGAGAAAGACGAGAUCCGAGAAGCCGCCACAGCCAAACACAACCUCGAAGAUAUCCAAGCAGAGCAACAAUUUCAAGAAUGGUGGGACAAAGAAAGUCGACGAAUCCAAGGCAUCCCAGAUCCAGAAGAAACCCCAACACCCCAACAAGGAGACACCCGCGGCGGCGGCGGAGGUGGUCGAGGAGGACGUGGCAAAGGACCGUCAGGACAACAGCGCAAGAGACGCGGAAAACCUACUCCUACUCCCCCCUCUACGACCCCCGCAGGAACCUCCAGCCCCGGCAUCUCUGCCUUGUCUCAGCAACUCCCGCGCCCACCUCAACCCGUCGCAUCUUCCCAGAAACAAAAGCCCCCCUCUGGGCCUCGUCGGGAUACCCAGCCCCGAUCGUCCUCGAACGGGAACCCUUCCGAAUCUACCACUCAGACCGGCAACCAUCCUCGUCGCGGUGGUAGAGGCGGCGCAGGCGGUGCUCGAGGCCGAGGCAAGGACCGCGCGGACAGACACAGCAACAACCGCCAGCCGGCUCCUACAACCUCAACAUGA